CUUGCCUCCCAACUUCAGACUUUGAAGCUGAGAUUUUCUACCUCUGUGCUGAAUCGUGAACGUAACGAGUUCCGUUCAACAUGGCGGCCCAGCGUAGGAAUUUGAUGCAGAGCCAGCAUCAAAGCUGGACAGAUGACCUGCCUCUGUGUCAGAUGUGUGGGGUCGGAACAGCACCCAACUGUGUGUACGGCCCUGAUGGCAAAGGAACUCAGAGCCACCCCAACGAGGACGGACACCUCAGGUUCAGAGGUGACGAUGGCUGUUUCCUGUACGGGGUUUUUAAUGGUUAUGAUGGCAGCAGAGUGGCCAACUUUGCUUCCCAGUGUCUGACAGCGGAACUGCUCCUGGGGCAGCUAAACUCCGGUCACACAGACAACGACGUCCGCAGGAUCCUCACACAGGCCUUUGAUGUGGUGGAGAAGAGCUACUUUGAAACCAUAGAUGAUGCUCUGGCUGAGAAGGCUAACCUGAGCAACUACCUCCUACCGCACAAUGAGAAUGUUCCGUUCCACCAGCUUUCUCCUCAGAGUCAAAAGGUGAUGGAGCGGCUGAAGGAGCUAGAGCAGGAGGUGUCAGGAGGCGCCACGGUUGCGGUGGCGCUCAUUCUCAAUAACAAGCUCUACAUUGCAAACGUUGGGACGAACCGAGUCCUGCUGUGCAAGUCCAGCAGUGACGGCCAGAACCAGGUGCUUCAGAUCGGUCGACCGCACAGUACUGACAACGAGGAUGAGCUGCAGAGACUGGCUGCACUGGGACUGGAUUCAGCUCGGAUAAGACAAGCGGGCCAGAUAGCGGGACAGAGCAGCACCAGAAGGCUUGGAGACUACCGAGUCAAAUUUAACUACAACGAGAUUGACCUGCUCAGCGCGGCCAAGUCAAAGCCAGUUGUUGCGGAGCCAGAGAUUCACGGCGGCCAGUCUUUGGAAGGCGUCACAGGCUUCUUGUUGCUGAUGUCAGAGGGACUGAUAAAUGCCCUAGAGUCCGCCCAUGGUCCUGAACAGGCUAAUCAGGAAAUUGUUGCCAUGGUAGCAGCAGAGCUAGCCCAGCAGACCAGUCUGGAGGCGGUGGCUCAGUCUGUGGUCGAUCGGGUCAAGCGGCUUCACCACGACGUGUUCGUGUCCGGCCGUCAGAGGGCGACUUACUGCUCUCGACACGAAGACAUGACCCUGCUCAUCCGCACGCUCAACUACCCACUGGCUGAUGCAGCGCUCACGCCCACGCAGGGCGGCCGUGUCUGUCCCGUGUCUGUGCCCUACUUAAACAGCCAGAGCACCAGUAAAACCAGUGUCACCCUCUCGCUGGUCAUGCCCUCACAAAGCACCCUGACCAAUGGAACCAACACGGCCUCCACCCUGGAGGAAGGCACCCCCACACCUGGCAGUCAGAGCCCCACAGCCACUCUGCAGUCCACCAACACCCAGACGCAGAGCUCCAGCUCCAGCUCAGGAGAUGGAAGCCUGUUCCGCCAGAGAGGGAGUCAAGCGGCGCAGCCUGACGAGACGGGCAGGGUCCCGCCCUACGUGGACUUCAGUCAGUUUUACCGACUGUGGGGGAGCGACCAUGGCGACGGCCAGAGCAUGCAGGGAGGCCUGGGACCGCAGUGAGACCCACUGGAGUUUCCAGCAAAGCUGGCACAUGGAUUUUUAAAGGGACAAGUAUUUAGGGACGUGAUGGGAUGACUUAUAAUAUCCUGUUAAUGUAAUGUUACUACAUAUAAGUGACCUAAAGGUGCAUGGGGAUGAACUUCUCAACAGAAGUUGAAGACGAUGAAAUGCUGGGAAAACAUUGUCACUUCACUCCAAACUGAUGUUUGGUCAUUUGUAAAAGACAAAGGUGAGUGAGUGAAUCCAUGUAAUCCAGAGUAAUUAUUGUCAGAUGUAAAGACACCAAAAGGGGAAUCUCAUGGACUGGGAAGCUUGUGGAGCUGUGAAAUCACUCACAUACUGUAAGGCCUUAAAAUUGAAUAAAUGAAUGCUUUAUAAAGUACUGUUUAAGUUGUAAUGACAGUAUAUCUCCAGAUUAAUUCCCAUCACCUUUAAUUUUCCCAAAUAGUUCUUCAAUAAUUGAUUGCUUUGACGUCCUGAGCUUCAUUAAACGCCUCAAAGGUCUGCUUAUAUGGUUGUUAUGACAGCAACUAAUGUAACUAGCGGUCACACCUGCAUCGUUGUGUUGUCAUUUCCACACAGCCCAGAGGUUUAUUCAGGGAUUGACAGUUUAGAAUAUAAACAUAGCAUGUACAGGAGGGCUUAUUAGGGAUUUCAUCAUGAUAUUAGUUUUAACCAGCUACCAGCUGGGACUGAAGCUGGUAAUAAAGAACUUGCUUUAAAGUG